AUGUCAUAUGUUCCUCAAGAAAUUGGUGAUGCCGAAUUACUAUGUGAACGCAUCGCACCACGACUGCAACACGCCAAUUCGAGUGUUGUUCUUACAGCUGUCAAAGUAAUUAUGUACUUAAUGAAUUAUAUGACCAAAGAGGAAGACAUAGCAAACAUGUUUACCCUACUUUCAAGUGGACCUGAAGUCCAAUAUGUGGCUCUUCGUAAUAUUCUUUUAAUUAUCCAACGAAGACCAGAAGUUUUAAGGAAUGAUGUGAAGGUCUUCUUUUGUAAAUACAAUGACCCAAUAUAUGUCAAAUUGGCUAAACUUGAAAUAAUGUUUCGUUUAGCUAAUGUCUCUAAUGUUGACCAAGUUCUAUCUGAACUAAAAGAAUAUUCAACCGAAGUUGAUGUAGACUUUGUCAGGAAGUCUGUUCGCUCAAUUGGGCGCCUGGCAGUCAAAAUAGAAUCAACGGCUGAACGUUGUAUAGAUGCGUUAUUAGAACUUAUACAGACGAAAGUCAAUUAUGUUGUUCAAGAGGCUAUUGUAGUCAUAAAGGACAUAUUUCGAAAAUAUCCAAAUCAAUAUGAGAGUAUAAUUGGUACUUUAUGUGAGAAUUUAGAUAAUCUAGACGAACCUGAAGCAAAAGCAGCAAUGAUAUGGAUUAUUGGUCAAUAUGCUGAUCGGAUUGAGAAUUCUGAUGUAUUAUUAGAUGAUUUUCUUUUUACAUUCCUUGAAGAACCUGUAGAGGUUCAAUUGUCAUUGUUAACAGCCACUGUAAAACUUUUCAUUAAGAGACCUACUGCGGGUCAAGAACUAAUUCCUAAA